UUACUAAAAACAAAACAAUGUGCGCAGAGAGAGUUAGAAUAAAGCGGUUAUUCCCUUCCUUUCUCAAGUCUUAAUUUGUUUUAUGUUCAUUCUCCAUCUCGGUUAAGCGCUAAUGGAGAAGAAGAAGAAUAAGAACGCUUUGGCUAUUUUUUGCCUCAUAUUUUUGUCUCUUUUGGCUGAUUCAAAUGCCGAUCAAGAAGAUUUUGAUGUUCGCAACUAUCUCUCUACUGUAUCCAGAUAUGGUGUGGUAAGAAAUGUUGCUAAUAGUACAUUUGAACCUUCAGAUGUUCCGAAGGGAUGUACUCCUAUCCACUUAAACCUUGUGGCAAGGCAUGGAACUCGUUCUCCUACGAAAAAAAGAAUGAGGGAUUUAGACAGAUUGGCAGCUCAUCUCAAAGCACUUUUGAGAGAUGCCAAAGAACAAGGUUUGUCUUUAGAGAAAGUUCCUGCUUGGUUGCAGGGUUGGGAGUCUCCUUGGAAAGACAAAGUGAAGGGUGGAGAAUUAAUUAUUAAAGGAGAGGAGGAAUUGUAUGAUCUUGGAGUCAGGACCAGAGAAAAAUUUCCCUCUUUGUUUAAUGAGAGUUACCACCCAGACAUUUAUACGAUAAAGGCUACUCAAAUCCCUCGGGCAUCAGCCAGCGCUGUGGCAUAUGGCAUGGGGUUAUUUAGUGGGACGGGAAGUCUUGGCCCUGGGCGUAAUCGUGCUUUUUCUGUAGUUAGUGAAAGCCGUGCAAGUGAUACAUUGCUGCGUUUUCACGACUGUUGUCAGAACUACAAGGAUUAUAGAAAAAGUCAGGAGCCUUUUGUUGAUAAACUCAAGGAACCUAUUCUUGACGAUAUUACUAAUUCCUUAAUUGGACGCUACAAGUUGAAUUUUACAAGGCACGAUACAUCAUCUCUCUGGUUCCUGUGCAAACAGGAAGCAUCCUUAUUGGACAUAACUGAUCAAGCUUGUGGUCUUUUCAGCCCUUCUGAGGUUGCCAUGCUAGAGUGGACAGAUGACUUGGAGGCAUUUAUAUUGAAAGGUUAUGGUAAAUCAAUAAAUUAUCGAAUGGGAGUGCCGCUACUUAAAGAUAUUUUGCAAUCCAUGGAACAGGCUAUUCGAGCUAAAGAAGAAAACCAUGCUCCUGGAAGUUAUGAAAAGGCAAGACUAAGGUUUGCACAUGCAGAGACUGUAAUUCCAUUUUCAUGUCUUCUUGGACUUUUUCUUGAAGAAUCUGAAUUUCAACAAAUACAGAUGGAACAACCCUUGCAACUCCCUCCAAAGCCACCUCAAAAGAGAAAUUGGAGGGCCAGUGUUGUGGCACCUUUUGGUGGUAAUAAUAUGCUGGUUUUAUACAGCUGUCCAGCUUUCAGCAAUUAUUAUGUGCAAGUUUUACACAAUGAACAUCCCAUUCCAGUGCCGGGUUGUGACGGUUCUGAAUUCUGUUCAUUUGAAACGUUUAAGGAAAGGAUUGCUGCACCUCAUUUGAAGCAUGAUUAUACUGAAGUCUGCACUGUGAAGCUAGAUAAAGAGAAAUCUUAUUCUGAUAUGAGUAAGUUCGCUCGACUAGUACGUUGGUUUUUGUCAUUCUUCUCACUGAAGAGGGACAAACAAAGGGGGUCCCAAAAAGAUGAAUUUUAGUGUGUUUUUCUGGCUAGAUAGAAUUUUCUUUUUGUUUUUUCUUACUAGUCCUGGAUUUCAUGGUUUUCAGCCACGACCAGCUCUUCUAACUAAUGUAGAUUUCAAUCAAUACCACCUGCUACUGCGGAAACCUCUGGCCACUAGAAGUUUUUUGGUAGAACCCUUUUAUCUCAUGCAUUAAUUUUAUAGUAUCUAAAGCAGGGGACGAAGUUGUAAUUCUUUUUUAAAUAACAUAUACGAAGUGUUAAUUUUGCUUUCAA